AGGUCCGUGCGGAGCGAGGCGCGGUGAGUGGCUACUUGGGCGGGAGGAUGCGCAUCAAGGACGUGGAGUACUUCACCUUCGGGAAGGAGCGGUUCUACGAGUUCGGCGCUGGCAGCAUGCCCCCUGUCAAGGGCUUCGUCAAGGACGGCGUGGACGUCGAGCGGUUGCGGCCGAGGAUCGAGGCCAUGCUCGGGCAGGGCAGGUCGGGUGGCCCGGGUGGCCCCCCGUUGCAGCGGGCCUCGCGCGGGCCCAGCCCGGAGCGCAUCGGCGGCCGCGCCGUGGAGCGGCGGUCCACGCUGCGCGGGGAGGCCCUCGACAGGGAGCUGCUGAUGUCCUGUGCCGCGGCGGCGGACGACAUGGAAUACAUCGACGUUCCCGAGGUUGACCUGCACGAGCACGAGCUUCAGGAAAUCUUUGCUCUCCGCAGACAGUGCUCCGACGUUGGGGGCGGAAGGCGG